GGACCGAGAGCCGGUCUCGCGAAGGGCGGUGCGGGGGCGCGGUCCCGGUGGAGGGCGGCGGAGCUCCGGGGGCGCGCGGCCUGACCUCGGCGUCGCCACCGGCACGCGGCCAUGGAGAGCGGAGGGCGGCCCUCGCUGGGCCAGUUCAUCCUCCUGGGCGCCAGCUCUGUCGUCACCGCCGUCCUGUACUCCGUGUACCGGCAGAAGGCCCAGGUCGCCCAAGAGCUCAAGGGAGCGAAAAGAAUCCACUUGGGUGAAGACUUGAAGAGCAUUCUUUCAGAAGCUCCAGGAAAAUGUGUGCCUUAUGCAGUUAUUGAAGGAGCGGUCCGAUCGGUUAAAGAAACGCUUAACAGCCAGUUCGUGGAGAAUUGCAAGGGAGUGAUUCAGCGGCUGACCCUGCAGGAGCACAAGAUGGUGUGGAAUCGAACCACCCACCUCUGGAAUGACUGCUCAAAGAUCAUUCACCAGAGGACCAAUACGGUGCCCUUUGACCUGGUACCCCACGAGGACAGCGUGGACAUGGCCGUGCGAGUGCUGAAGCCCCUGGACUCCCAGGAUCUGGGCCUGGAGACUGUGUACGAGAAGUUCCACCCCUCCAUCCAGUCCUUCACUGAUGUCAUCGGCCACUAUAUCAGCGGCGAGCGGCCCAAAGGCAUCCAGGAGACCGAGGAGAUGCUGAAGGUUGGGGCCACACUCACGGGGGUCGGCGAGCUGGUCCUGGACAACAACUCCGUCCGCCUGCAGCCCCCCAAGCAGGGCAUGCAGUACUAUCUAAGCAGCCAGGACUUUGACAGCCUGCUGCAGAGGCAGGAGUCGAGCGUCAGGCUCUGGAAGGUCCUGACGCUGGUCUUUGGCUUUGCCACAUGCGCGGCCCUCUUCUUCGUCCUCCGAAAGCACUAUCUGCAGCGGCAGGAGCGGCUGCGCCUCAGGCAGAUGGAGAAGGAGUUCCAGGAGCACGAGGCCCAGCUGCUGAGCCGCGCCAAGCCUGAGGACAGGGAGAGUCUGAAGAGCGCCUGCGUCGUGUGUCUGAGCAACUUCAAGUCCUGCGUCUUUCUGGAGUGUGGGCACGUUUGUUCCUGUGCCGAGUGCUACCGCGCCUUGCCGGAGCCCAAGAAGUGCCCCAUCUGCAGACAGGAGAUCACCCGGGUGAUUCCCUUGUUCAACAGCUAACAGUCUGGAAGCCCCACAGGUAGACGUGAAGGGACCCCCCACCCCCCCAACCUUCUCAGGAAUUUUCGUCUUGAGGCCUUUAGCAGAGCAGUGAUGGGGGCAGCUGUUAUCCUAGGUACGACCGAGGGAGGGGACUGGGGGAGUCAGAUCUCACGCCUCUAGCACUAGAUGAUGCCUUUCCACCCUGAGGGGGACCCUUCCAGCACUGCCUCAGAAUCCCAGCCCCACCCUGGCUGGGUGUGGUGGCCUUGCAUUCCUUCCUGGAACCUGAGGAGUGUGCGUGUGACUGACAACACCUCAUCGCUCAAGGGCCCGAGCCAGUGACCUCUAGCUCUUCUGUUCUGGUGUCUUCUGGUCCUUUCUGGGGAAUUGCUCGUUCCUGUGGACUUCAGCCUUGAGUGACUCAGCCAGCAGGGAGGCAGAAGUCGGGCUCUGGGUGCGGUGUGUGUCUGGAGGAGCUGCCUCUGAAGAGACUCUCAGUCUUGCUUGUACCCCAGGAGGAAGCCAGGCUGGCCGCGUCACUCGUGUCCCUUUCCCUCACCGGCUUACCUCGUAAAUGUGUGCACAUGUGUGUCAGGACGGAAGAGAGUGAAGUCUGGCAUUUGCCUUCUACCUAAAAGAUGGGAACUGCUCGGCAAGCUGAAGAGCGGUCACUUGAAGGGACAGUUGCGCUAUCUUGCGGUCCCUGGUGGUGAAGACGGCAGCUUGGCCGCGGCCUUUCCGGUGAUCUAAAGGCAGGGCUGUCAGAGCGCUCCUCCGGCCCUGGUUGGGACCUCCCGAGACCUGAGGGGGCCGAGGGCUGGCUCCAGCUCUCCCGGCCUGAGAUCAGCUGGAAAGGCAUCGCCACCUGAAGGAAGCGGUAAGGCCUCUGCAGCCCCGGCCUCCCGGCCAUCUCCGCUUCCCUCCAAGGCUGUCACCGAGGACAAGCAGCCAGCCAGCACCCCGAGCACAGAGCCUUUUCCAGGGUCCCGCCUCCUCACGUGGGAAAGUUAACAUCCCGUGGGUGUAGUCACAUCGCCCCCUCUGGAUUGCCGUUCACCCCCUCACCUGCCAGACGAGGAGGGGAACCUCUCACCCCCUCCGGGGAGUCACAGUCUUAUACACAGCUCUUCUCUCCCUUCCCUGGCUCUGAACAUCCAUCCCCAUCCUCCUCUGUGUGGGGGCGGUGGGGGUGCUCUCAGGGGGCUGACUCCAGUUCUAUGCAGCGUCCAGUGUGGACAGCACAAAUUAAACACGUUACAACCAA